ACUUACAUUUUGAGUGAAGUCAUAGUAUUUUGACAUGUUUAUGAAACCUUUUGUGGAUUUUUUUUAAAUUUUUAGUUUAAAAUAUACAUUAAAUAAGAUAAGCUGAAUUUAACCUACUGGGAAUUGUUAUAUUUGUGAUUGGUGUACUUUAAUGUUUUUCAAUGUGAUAAUACAUGGAAAAAUUUUUUUGAACAAUGAAAUGAAAGUUUUUUGGAUUUUUUUGAUAUUCCUUUGUGGCGCUAUCAUAAAUGCAGAAAAAAGUAUACCUUAUAUGGGACAGACAUCAGAAUUAAUAGCUGUAGUUGUUUUAUUUCGACACGGUGAUAGAGCUCCUUUACAAUCAUGGCCCAAUGAUAAAUAUUUUGAAGAAAAAUAUUGGCCGAAUGGUUUAACGCAGUUGACGCAGAAAGGUAUAAGACGUGCCCAUUCGUUAGGUCAAUGGUUUCGUAAACGAUAUGAUGCAUUCCUCAGUGAAAUAUACACUUCAAAAGAAAUAUACGUUUGGUCCACAGAUUUGGAUAGGACUCUAAUGACAGCACAGGCAGUUCUGAAUGGUCUUUAUCCGCCUAAAAACUUUCAGGUCUGGAACAAAAGAAUUCCUUGGCAACCUAUUCCUGUGCACACAUCACAAAGGCACAAGGAUGAUAUUGUUUUGGACAAGAGGAAUUGUCCAAAAUUUCGAAAAUUAUUGAAAGAGGCGAAGAAAACAUUUUAUCCUAAGUUAGAACAACAGUAUAGAGAAAUUGUUCAAAUUAUUAGAGAAUAUUCAGGUUGGCCAACUGUAACUCUAGAUCAAGUCGAACAAUUUAGAAACCAAUUAUACGUUUUUGAAAAUUAUAAUGAAUCAUUUAUCCCUAAUUGGAGUAAGAAGAUAUAUCCACAUCCACAUUUACAUUAUAUAGCAAAUAUACCAUUGCAAGUUCCAACGUCAACAACUGCAUUGGCAAGAUUAAAAAUAGGACCAUUUUUCCACAAACUUUUUUGUCAUUUUGAAAAUUUUACAUGUAUGUCUCCUUUAUCGAAAGUAGGACCUAAAUUUUUGAUGUUAUCCUGUCACGAUUCUUGUUUAAUUUCUGCCAUGGACGCCAUGAAAAUCUUUGAUUUUAGAAAUAUUGGAUUUUCGGACACUCUGAUAUGGGAAUUGAAAAAAUCAAAACAGGGACAUUUUUUCACGAACAUACUUUAUAAACAUCAAGAUUAUAAUAAAAAAUUAGAAGAACUCAAGCUAAACGAAUGCGAUUUCAAUUGCGACUAUAAAAGUUUCAAAAAUAUUAUGAAUGACGUGAUUAUACAUAUCGACGAUUGGGAAAAAGAAUGUUAUCAAGACAUCACGUUCAAAAACUUCACUACAACAUAACAAAUUUGAUUAUUAUUAAAAUAAUUAACAUUAUAAUGAAAAUCUGCUUUGUUUCCCGUCAAAUUUGCUCUUAGAGCCUAGAAAUGUCCGGCGGCGGGGGGAGGGAGAGGGGCACUGUUUGUUCUACUGCCUAUUGUAGUAGCACAAGCAAUGUCUCAUCUGGUCCCAGUGAGUUGUUUCCUUUCUCUGUUGUAACUAACUGACAGUUCCAGUAUUGACAAUGUCAUGUCAAUUGUCAUUAGAUAUAAGAUAUAUUAGUGUAACAUCUCCUCCUGGCUCAGAUAUUAAAUAAAUAUCCGAUAAAAUACCAUGAAUCUCUCUUAGAUUUUCUAACAGUAGUGAUGGCUUCAGUACAUCCCCCCCAUUGUCAUUUUUGCCUUAUUAAAAUAUUCACGCGUUUAAGUGAGUUCGGUAUUCCACCAGCUUACUUUUUUUGAAGUUUUCCUGCGCUUAACGAACAGUUAUUUUGAUAAUUUUUAGUACUAACACUUGUUUUAACGGUUUUUAAUACUGCCCCCAGCUCUACCCCGUAUCCAAAGACUUUCUAGACACUUACAAGUACCAAUGUGAUUCUAAACAAAAGAAAAGACCAGAGGUCAAUGUUAAUAACCUCAUUCCUUCAUUCCAGUUACUGAUUAUAAAAGGAGGUUCAUUCCCACAAUUCAAUAUGUCCCGGUUGGUGGUUAAAAUGAAUUUAAGCAAUUACUCACCUCUUUUGUUGUUUUCCGUGCUGCACCAUGCAGGUUUUUGGGCCUGACAGGAGUUUACCAGGUUCCUCAGCUCAUCUGUUGGUGGAAGACUCCAGUAAAAGUAUGCAGAGGUUAUAAUGUUGCCUGCUAUGAUGUCCAUCUUAACUGCUGCAGAAAUCCGAGCUCAAUCAUAUGCCCUUUGUAGAUCCAGGGUUCUGAUACUAGUGCUCCGUUUAUGUCCUCUCUGAUGAUGGUUGCGGAGGCUGCCUUGUAAUGCUUCAGAUUAGCUCGCGCUAUUCUGAGCAUCCGAAGGUUCUUUCUUCUUCUAUCUUUGCACUCUGAAGAUUGCCUGCGUUAGACCCAGAUAGGGUUUUAACUGCAGGUUUUCUAAAGCCUUCAGAGAAUCGUCGUCAAUUAACAACACAAUGGUUUGACCGUUUGCUUCCAAUUGUCUGUGAAUUAUUUGCCACCGUUCCGUUUGCAGCCCUUGGUUUUGGGAUUUGAGAAACGUAAGAAUCUUCGCGACGUCCAUCGUCUGCAUGGGUGUGGGUAUCCAAGCUACAACUUUGUUGGUUCGAAAGAUCUCGGUGGAGGUUCCCACCAUAAGUUGCGCUCCCUGCCACGGUUGGAGAUAUGGGAUUAUUUCGCAGAGCCAGGUUUUUGCGGUGUCAUUGGCACAGAUCAAGAAGAGCGCUCCUUUAUGGAAAUAUCCCUUCUUGAACUGCGGUCCUGAUUCCUCUCCGCUCAUCAAAAUUUCUCUCAUCAGUUCUUCCUGGAUCCGAUUCGCUUGAUGUUCAUUCAGUUUUUCCAUAGGGAAUCUUGUAGGUACUACCGCCAUUUUAAUAGGCGUCGUAUAGGAGAAGCCAGCGUCUACCGCUUGCGCUGGAGAAAUGGUUGCCCGAUUGAGUUGCGGAGUUUGAAUUAGAGUUCUUCUCUCAGCCCUGGGUAUGACCGGUCGUCCUUCAGCAAUAGCCUUCUGAAUUGCUAUUUUCCUUCUUUGGGCGCCCGAGAGCCGCGUAAUCGGCUCCAGGUGAGUUCUGUCGAGUGUUGAGGCAAAUCUGUUUCGGUUAGUUUCGUCUUUGGGGCUCGCCUGAGGUAUUGUGAGAUUACUUCCCCCAGAACGUUUACGUUUGAAUGGUCGUCCUUCAGCAAUAGCCUUCUGAAUUGCUAAUUUCUUCUUUUGGGCGCCUGAGAGACGUUUAAACGGCUCCAGGUUAGGCCUGGUGAGUUUUGCGGCAACUCUAUUCUGGCUAGUUUCAUUCUUAGAGUUUGUGGAGCUACCACUGGGCCUCGGAAGUUGUUCCGCCUGAGGUGUACCCUCAGGACGUUGCACAUAAGUUAAUUCUUCUGGUGUUGUUUUUAAAUUGUUUUGGUCCAUAUUAGUCCCACGAUCAGCUAGGGAAAUAAACGUCCGCCCGAUCAGAGCCCCGCAUAACCGGGUAAGGCUGGAUACAAGGGGGUUUCGCCUGGUGCCCCCAGAGGAACGUUCGCGACCGCUUGCCCAGCGGCCAUUCAGCUUUCGGCACGUUGCCUUACACCUUAGCUUGGGUUUUCGUUGGAGUGUCGUUUGGUUAGUUAAUAGAGUUGCUCUAGAGCAACGCUAUUAACGUAUCCAGCGGUGCCACGGGGAGGCAGACACUCGAUGAAUGUAUUUCUCCAUUGCUAUGCAGAAAGAGAUACUUACAAGUAAGUAAUCUUAACUACAAAGCAAUGGCUAAGGCUACAACCAAUCCCGCCAUACCUCUAUGCAGCAUCGAAAAGUAAGGGCAUAUAAAGAUAUCCGGGUUCAAUUCCCAGGAACGACAGGCUUUUUUUUAAAUCUCCAAUAGUUUACCCUUUUGGGGUUUGCGGAUGGUCUUAACGAUUCGUAGGGGGAUUUUUGAGUAUUGUUUCCGAAUUUUCAAAUUAUCCGGGUACGAUUAUCAUUUGUUUUGACACUACUUCAGUGUAAAUAUUAAAUACAAGUUGCUGUAGGGAGUGAAGAUAGUUUGGCAACAGAUAUAUCUGGUAAAAAUUGUUUUAUUGAUUGAUUUUUUUAAAAUUUUUAUUUAAUAU